AUGGUUUGUUGACAAAUUCUGUAAUAUUUGUGAAAGUCUUAUGAAGGGAUUUCCUUACUGGACAAAGAUCAAAAUGCAGCAAAAUUCUCCUGCUAGAAAUGCUGAACUAUCGGUCGUACGGCUGAAUCUAUCACUAUGCUUCCUUUGCUGUGGAUUUUCUGCAGAAAGAAAUACGUGCUUCAAGUAUCGUAAUACUAUUUUAAAGUACUUAAAUAAAGUAGCCAACAUGCGAAACGAGGUCCGAGUCGAUUCCAUUCCGAUGGUCGUACGAAUUGUGAGAGCUCAGCUUCAGUCUAAACAUCUAGAGUUAGAAACUGUAACCAAUUUUUUAAACUUCCUGUGUGAAAGCAUAAAGAAACCUAAUCAUCCUGCUGACUUACAUUUAAUAGAGUUUUUCACUGAGCUCGUUACAGAUGUCAACCUACAAUUCUUUGUUAAACCCAAAGCAAAGGAAUUGUUCUUCAAAACUUUGCUUCAAGAAAUGAUGAGCAUGUGUUCAGCAGAUAAUCUUAAUACACGUCUUCUGAAAUGUAUUAAAAGAAUUUGCUCUUUGGGCCAGGAGGAAUUUAUUAAGACUUUACAACAUGUCAAGCCAAAACUCAAGUCACUUUUCAAGCAAAAUAAUGAUGAAGCUCACGAAGUUGCAGCACAGCUUCUCUGCCAUCAAGAGGUCGAUGCAGAUUCGCUUAUGCAAAUUGGUGAAAUUAUACUUGAUCCUGAUUUUUCGCUCAGAACCUCCCUUUACCUUAUAUAUACAUUAUCAGAGAGAUUUUCUAAGAAAAUAGGAGCAGAAAACAAAAAUAUUCGUGUUGCAGCUCUGAAGUUCCUUAUGAAUGUUGCUGUUGAUACUUUUGCAAUCAUGGAUGCUGAAAAAGUGGAAAAAGAUGAAGAUUUGAUCUUUCAUGAAAAUUGGACAGUAGUUGAAGAAUAUUGUUCGUAUAAAAUUGUUCCAUCAGCCCAAUGGAAGAGACAUUCCAAAAUAUUUCAGGACUGCAUAGACUGUCUAAGCAUGUUUCCACGGAGAGAGGCAGUGCAGUGUGUCUUUAAUUACUGUCGCAACAUUUUGGUUAAUUAUUCCACUUUUCCUGUUCAUUCCGUCAUUGCCCUGUGGAAGCUUCAAAAUGAAUUUCCUUUCUCAAGGGACCGACAGUACAAUACAUCGUACGAUUCUUUGCUAUUUUCAUGCGUGUUAUUUUGCAGUGUUUAUGCCCAUGAAUGUAGAAUUCCAGAUCAUCUCACCUAUGGUGUCACCGAACUGAUCGACAGUAUCGAUUUUCUUGAGAAAUCCCAUGACGUGUUAAACCAUUUGGAAGCAGAAUGUAUAAGAGUGAACAACAUUGAUGCAGUGGAAUAUUUCUUGAGAAUUUUUUAUUUUUUCAUUACGAAGGGGUACUUUACGCAAGAACAUCAGGCUACUGUGUAUGCUUUGCUUUCUCACCUUCAGGACACAUUUGGGGAAAACCUUACAGCUCGCACAUUGUGGCUCGCCAUUAGUAACUGUUAUGAAAGUUACAUGUGAAGUGUGGUGCACAUUUAUUUUCUGUUGAAAAACAUCGGAUUUUUGUUAUUUUAAAAUCAUUGUUUUGCUUACAUUCAUUCUUUCAUGAAGAUUAAACCAUGUUGUGUUAAAUACUUCAUUGAAUAGGUUAGAAUUUUCAUUUGAGGUACAUUUUGUUUUGUGUAUAUCAGAUUGAUUUAAUAUUUGAGUUUUCCUUUCCCCGCCAAGGCCAUAGUAACAGAUUUAUUCUCAAGAUCAAGAAUUGUCAACUGCAAUCAAUUUUAAUGUAAUGGAAUGAUAUUCUGACAUAGUGUAAUGUUGCAAAAAGUAAUUUUCAUUUGGAAAGAAAAACUUGUGAAGCAUUUUUACGUAUUUUUAUCAUUAAAACUGUUCAAGCAAUUAGUUGCAUUGACUAUUAUUAUUUACACUGUUUUAUGCAAUAAUUCAGUUAAAAUUUAUGCCAAUAUCAACAGAAUGUUCAAACAAGAUUUUUUAAUUCAGCUCCUGAAAUUUG